UUUCGCAAGGAAAAAGUUGGAUCCAGGAAAAAUCCAACUUAAUUUAAUACUAUAUACUGAUUCAGGCAUUUUCUGGUACAAUAAUUCAUCCUUUACUUCAACUUUAAGAAACAUAAAUAUAUAUAUUAGAGAAGCAUCUAUAAUCAAAAGCUCUUUACCAUUUAAGAUUUGUGUCCAAACUGCAAUUCCAAAAUCAAAGAAAGAUGCCUCGUGGAACUCUUGAAGUUAUUUUGAUCAGUGCUAAAGGUCUUGAUGACAAUGAUUUUUUAUCUAGCAUAGAUCCUUAUGUGAUCCUUAGUUACAGUGGACAGGAGCACAAGAGUACUGUUCAAGAAGGUGCUGGAUCUAACCCACAAUGGAAUGAGACAUUUCUUUUCACUGUUUCUGACAAUGCUUCUGAGCUCAAUCUAAAGAUAAUGGAAAAGGACAACUAUAAUAAUGAUGAUAAUAUUGGAGAAGCAAUAAUUCCUUUAGAAGCAGUGUUUGAAGAGGGUAGCCUUCCAGAGAAUGCUUACAAUCUUGUGAAGGAUGAAGAAUAUUGUGGAGAGAUUAAGGUUGCUCUCACUUUUACACCUGAGAGAAAUGAUGAUCAGAGUUACAAUGAAGAGGAGGAGACUGGUGGAUGGAAAGAAUCAGCUAGUGACUUUUGAAGUGAAUGAAGAGGGGGAUACUUGUGGUGGAUUUACAUAUUUACAAGAUCCAUAAUUAUUAAUUAGUUCUACAAAAAAAAGUAUAUUUUGAGAACAUUUAGGAACUUUAAUCAUUGUGUUUUCUGGUGUGAUGAUAUCAUAGUGUUCUGUUUUGCUUUUCCCAUAACAUAAUAUUGUACUACUAUGCACUAAAAUUUAUUCAAGUGAAGCCAUAUUAUAUUUUGUUUGGAA